AUGCCGUUACCUGAUGGAUUCACUCAGUUACUCAACCUGACCCACUUGUAUCUUAAUGACACAUUCCUCGACUAUUUACCAGCUAAUUUUGGAAGAUUAGUGAAACUCAAAAUAUUGGAGAUCCGUGAAAACCAUCUCAAGUCACUGCCAAAGUAUCCUGAAGUUGUUGGUACACUUGUGAAUUUAACAGAAUUGUGGGUAGAUUCAAAUACUCUUUCAAAAAUACCCUCAUUUAUCGGUAACUUAAAGCGACUGCAGUAUUUUGAUGGAUCCAAAAAUAAAAUAGAAUCUCUGCCACCGGAAGUGGAUGGACUUGAGUCCCUCACAGAUAUGCAUUUAUCAACAAAUUGUCUCAAACUGCUUCCAGAAAGUAUCGGUAAACUCAGUAAACUAAGUACUCUAAAAGUUGAUGACAAUCAGUUGUCUAUGUUACCAUACUCUAUUGGUGGAAUGAUAUCUAUGGAGGAACUGAUAUUGAACAUGAAUGAUUUACAAGAAUUGCCACCGAGUAUCGGACUCUUAAGAAAUAUACGCCAUCUAAACGUGGAUGAUAAUUUACUUUUUGACCUUCCAUCCGAGCUUGGUAGCUGUUCUCACAUUCGUCUUCUCUCCCUCCGGGGGAAUAAACUUGAAGUGUUGCCUGAUGAACUUGGAAGGAUAUCCCGGCUAACUGUUGUCAACCUUAGCAAUAAUCGUCUCAAGUAUCUACCAUUCAACUUCUGCAAAUUAAAGAAUUUACAAGCAUUGUGGCUUUCUGACAACCAGUCUAAACCACUGAUACCACUUCAAACAGAUUGGGAUGAAUACUAUCAAAACAGGAUACUGACGUGUUUCAUGUUUCCACAACAACCAAGGCUUCCUGAUGACGAAAUUUAUUUUAGUGAUGGAGAAAGUUUUCAUCCCUCACUUUGGGAAGAAGAAAGAAGGGCAAAAAAACAGAUUAUGUUCGAUGUCAACGACUCAGAGUCAGAGCGUUCAUAUAAAAGGUCACCGACACCGUUCCCAAAAGAGCCGUAUAAACCGAGAAGAUUAGUGUUGACGCAGCCUAACGGAGACAUUCCGGAUGGUCGAAGGGGUCAUAAUAAAACACCAGGUUACUCAGCAGUUGAGACAAACAGACUAGGACUGGGACCCGAUAUCAGAAUUGGCGAAGCGAAAGUAACCAAACCUAGCAAACCAUCAUCACCACUUCAUGAUAGGCACCAUCUGUAUAACGCUGAUAAGAAAAAAAGUGCCAAAGACAAGGCAAGAAUACGAAGGGGGUCACGGGAUAGUACGGGAACGGAGAGUGAUACAUCGCCGACAAGAAGUCUAUUGAGUUCUUCCAACUCAUCACCGUCUAGAAAACCGGAAAUGAUGAUUCACAGUACAUCAGGAAGAUCAAUUAAUGACGAUGACAGUGAAGACAUAAUGGUGGCCGCUAAGCAACCUAUUGUGACAGCGCCACCACACCGGGAUAGUCCAAGUCCCGAUAGCGGCAAAGGUAGCCCAGGUGAAAGGUCACCACUGACGUCAACAUCACCUAUGGAUAAUAGUCCAAUUAGAACAUUGCCGGAUGGUAGUCCGGUGCGUAGUCUACCGGAUGGAUCAUCAACAAAGUCGCCAACAAGUCCAACAACAGUUUUGCCGGCUCCAAGUGGAAGCUCUGAUAAAAUUACAUUGCCACAUGAAAGCCCGAAAAAAAUUGUGUCUGGAAUUCAAAGCCCAGUAAAGCAGUCUUCAGGUAACUGUAGCCCAGCGAGAAGAAUUCCACCGAAUGGAAGCGUAAGCAGCAGUCCAGUGAAGCGAGCUACAAAAACUGGAAGCCCAGUGAAAGUUGUGCAUUCUCAGGUUCAUAACAAAACAAACACUUUACCUUCUUCAAUGGGAAGCCCCACGAAAACUAAAUGGAGAUCCGCGGUUGCCAGAGCGACCACAAACGCUGGAUAUUGUGAAUAA